AUGCAAAUUAUAUCACAUAAUAGCACAGGGCAACUUGUAUUACAAUUUAUAUACAUAAGUGUUCUCUACUUGUACAUAUUUUUGUCUAAUUAUACCGCACAAGAUAUUACAGAUCACAAUGAAUACGUAUUUGCUACAGUAUAUGAUGUUGAAUGGUAUGUGGCUCCAUUACACAUACAGAAAAUGAUGUUAUUUCUACUGCAAAAGGGUACAAAAGCUUUUCAUUUGAUUCUCGGUGGAAUAUUCAUUGCGUCUAUGGAAAGUGCUGCUACGUUGAUGGGUACUUCAGUAUCUUACUUCACUGUUCUCUAUUCUACAAAUACAAAAUAAUAAUUGCAAAAUAAUUAAGACAGCACUCGGUUUUAAGUGUCGCUUUCUGUAAGUAUCGUUUCAAUUUGAAAAAAGAUAAAAAUUAUUAAACAAAAAAACCG